AUGAGCCCAUUGGCAACAAAGGAAAGCAGACACAUAGGCCGGAAAGAAGACCGGCUCUACGCAGAAAUCCAGUGGGCCAUCGACAGAAGAAAACCUCCCGGGUUCCUAUCCGAGACAUUGGGUCGUCAAAGCCUGAAAGCACCGGAACACCCAAACAAGUCAAAUGGAUCCGUGGGGACGACUACAAAUGUCACUACCUACAAGAGAUCUUUGUCCCAAGGCAUGCUACAGUAUCAUACAGGGUCCACCCCGCAGCGCUCAAGAAUCCGAUGUGAUAGAUUGAAGGACCGGCAAUACCUUUUUCCGAGACACAAAUUUACCCCUUUUCUCGACUGUCAUCCGAGCGAUCUAUCGGAUGUCGUGGACACGGUGGCCUUGAGCGGGGGAUUCCCCUUGAAUUCUUCGACAACCGUGGACUCCGUGCCCAGGGGGAGACGUGGGCGUCGCCGCCUGUCUGGUGAAAACAUCUCCAAAGGGGCUAUCAAGGAUAUGUAUAAAAAGAAGGAAUUAGAGUCUACUUUAUACUUCCGGAGUAGCCCUCUUAUGUUUCAAGACGAUACCAACACGCCCAGCGCGUUUUGGAACGAGCAACGCCAGAGACGGACGAAGACGGGGUGUGUGCGGGUCUACCGUUAUCUCCCAAGGGAUCAAAUUCCCGCUGUCGUCGUCUUGAUGGCUCAAACAUCAUACAACCUUCAGCGCCUAUAUGACUUCCGCUUCAUUGUGGCAGGUGGUAGGAACAGUAGGAUCGGCCAAUGGUCUUAA